GGAGGACGAGCUGGUGUCGGAGGAGGAUAUCUUGCUGUGGUCAGAAAAGGAGCUGCAUGAUGCUGCAAAGAGGAACAACACAGAGAAAAUGCAGGAACUGAUCAAGAAUGGUGUGGACGUCAAGGCCAGGAAUAAAUUCAUGGAACCCAGCCAGCCCAUCAGUCAUGUCAUGGAACUACACCUGUGAUGUUGCUGCUAUGAUGACAGAAUGACAGCUGUUGGAAAGGUCAGCUACAGACUGAGGACUGAGGUGUCAUUGAACAGAGAGACCGUAAAGCACUGCACUGGGCAGCAGGAGCUGGGAAUGAAGAGGCUCUACGUCUCCUGUUGGUCCAUGACACUGAAGUUGACGAGAGGGACACUUUUGGCAUGAAUGCUUUGCUUCUAGCAUCUUGGUUUGGUCACCUAAAACUCCUGCAGAUCCUGGUGUCCUGUGGAGCGAAGCUCAACUGUGAAAACAAAGAUGGUCUGAAUAUGCUGCACUGUGCUGCUCAGCGAGGCCACAUCAGCAUAUUGGAGUUCAUCAUGGAGGACCUGGAAGACAUCUGUCUCGACAGCGUUGACAAGUCAGGGAAGACAGCACUUCACCUGGCUGCUGAACAUGGACAUUCUGAAGUGGUGGAGUUUCUGAUUGGAAUGGGUUGCACACAUGGUUUGAAGGACAAGGAAGAGAACACAGCCAUGCAUCUAGCAGCGAAGUGUGGGCACACGGCAGUCCUGCAGGGCAUCAUGGAGACUGGAGUUGACAUCGAUGAAAGGAAUAUAGAUGGUCUCACAGCAUUGCACCUGGCAGCUGAUGGAGGUCAUUAUGAAUGUGUCAAACUGCUGCUGCAGUCUGGCUGCAAUAUCAAUGCACAAACUAAUAAGAAUAUGAGUGCUCUCCAUCUUGUGGCACAGCAUGGCUUUGACAGAGAGGCAUGUUUGUUGCUGGAGGCAGGAAUCAACACAGAUGCUGUAAACAAUCAACACAACACAUCGCUCCACCUAGCUGUGAUCAACAAUCACACAGAGGUUGUACGGCUGCUUAUUGAUGCUGACUGUAACCUGGACAUCACUGACAGUAGACAACAGACUGCUCUGCAUAUAGCAGCAGAGCAUGGUUGGCAGGACAUGGCUGAGAUGAUCCUGAUCUCUGGUGUUAACCUCAGUCUGCCUGAUAAGCAGGGGAAAACCUGUCUGGAAGUGGCAGCAAGAGGAAACAAUGUUGUCCUGGUCGACAUGAUCAUCAAAGCUGACCGAUUUUAUAAAUGGGAGAAGGAUCACGUGGGUAGUGAGCAGGACUCCUGGGUGGGGAGGCCUCUGAGCUUCAAGCAGGACCACCAGCCAGAGACACAGCACCUUCGUUCUGUCAUGUGGAGCCUGGCCACCAAGCACCUCUGCCGUGGGGAAUGGAAGAUCCUGGCACAACACUGGGACUUCAGUGAUGCACAGAUCCGAGCUAUAGAACACCAGUGGACAGAUAUGAAAAGCUUCAAAGAGCAUGGCCACAGAAUGCUGCUAAUCUGGCUUCAUGGAGUUGUGAUGGCUGGGGAGAACCCGAUUAAAGGCCUCUACGAGGGGCUGGUGGAAAUCUCACGGACAGAUUUGGCAGAGUGCAUCCGGCAGAAGGCGAAUGCAGAGACCACCUCUCCCAAAAUUUGCUCUACAAUGUGAUCAACACUGUGAGUUACUGUGCAACACAGGCAACACAACAAAUCCAAGGUUUCAGGUCACAUCAGAACUGUAUUUCACUGUAAAUUCUUUCAGCUCAGACCAUGAAAAAUCUUUGUAUUGUCCAUGGCGUGACUUGUUUACAUUGACACACGUUAUCAUUGUUCUGAAUUUGGUUCACAGAGCAUUUGUUUUCUUAAAGAAUUAGGGGAAAUUAUGGUAGUAAAC